ACCCAAAUGUAAGUGUGUUUCAGAGAAAAUUUGUCAAUGAAGUAAAGAAGUGUGAAGAAAUGGAGAGAAUACUUGGGUAUUUAGUACAAGAAAUUAAAAAGGCAGAUAUUCCACUUCCUGAAGAAGAUGUUGCUCCUCCUGCCCCCUUGCUGAAACACAUUUUAGAAAUCCAGGAACAGUUGCAGAAGCUGGAGACAGAACUGAGGGAGGUAACUAAAAACAAAGAGAAGUUGAGGAAGAACCUGCUUGAACUGACAGAAUACACGUGCAUGUUAGAAGUCACGCAAAGAUUUGUCAGGAGAACGGCUGAGUAUGAAUCCCGUUUACAUGCAAAUUAUGAAGAGUUUCCAUCUGUGGAAAACGAGCCAUUAGUGGAUUACAACUGUAUGCACAGACUGGGUGCCAAGCUGGGGUUCAUAUCGGGGCUAGUUCACAUGGCAAAAGUUGAAGCAUUUGAAAAAAUGCUGUGGCGAGUCUGUAAAGGCUAUACUAUUCUUACCUAUGCAGAGGUGGAUGAAUGUCUGGAAGAUCCAGAUACAGGUGAAACCACAAAAUGGUUCGUCUUUUUAGUGUCCUAUUGGGGCGAACAAAUUGGACAGAAAGUUAAGAAGAUUUGUGAUUGCUAUCACUGUCAUGUGUAUCCCUAUCCGAACAACACGGAGGAGCGCAAGGCAGUUGUUGAAGGACUCAAUGUUCGUAUUCAGGAUCUUCAUACUGUGCUGCAUAAAACCGAGGAUUACUUACGCCAAGUGUUGUGUAAAGCAUCUGAAUCCAUCUAUACCUGGGUUAUCCAAGUGAAGAAGAUGAAAGCCAUUUAUCACGUCCUCAACCUGUGCAGUUUUGAUGUCACAAACAAAUGUUUGAUUGCUGAGGUUUGGUGUCCAGUGGCUGACCUGCAAAAUCUGCGCCAUGCGUUGGAGGAGGGUUCGAGAAAGAGUGGAGCUACAAUUUCUUCAUUCAUGAAUACCAUCCCAACAUCACAACCUCCUCCAACUUUGAUACGUACCAAUAAAUUCACCUCAGGGUUCCAAAACAUCGUUGAUGCUUAUGGAGUUGGAAACUAUGGGGAAGUUAAUCCAGCUCUCUACACCAUCAUCACUUUCCCCUUCUUGUUUGCAAUUAUGUUUGGAGACUUUGGGCACGGCCUGCUAAUGUUCCUAUUUGCACUCCUGACAAUCCUGUAUGAAAACCACCCUCGGUUACGAAGAUCACAAGAUGAGAUAAUGAAAAUGUUAUUUGAAGGCCGAUAUGUUAUUUUAUUAAUGGGUCUGUUUUCUAUAUACACUGGAUUGAUCUAUAAUGACUGUUUUUCAAAGUCAGUAAAUAUAUUUGGUUCUGGAUGGAAUGUUUCAGCAAUGUUUGAACAGCAGGUUUGGAGUCUUGACGAUCUGAAACAAAAUCCAUUUUUAGCACUGGAUCCAAAUGUUACUGGUGUAUACAAUGGAGCUUAUCCCUUCGGAAUUGAUCCGAUAUGGAAUUUGGCAAGCAACCGUCUCAGUUUUUUAAAUUCUUUCAAAAUGAAAAUGUCUGUGAUUUUUGGAGUGACUCACAUGACAUUUGGAGUUGUAUUGGGGGUGUUUAACCACUUGCAUUUCAAGAAGAAGUAUAAUAUUUAUUUGGUUUUUCUUCCUGAACUUUUAUUCAUGAUGUGCAUCUUUGGCUACCUUGUGUUUAUGAUCUUCUUUAAAUGGUUGGCGUACUCUGCAGAGGACUCUGCAUCUGCUCCUAGUAUUCUGAUUCACUUUAUUAACAUGUUCCUGUUUACUGGCGGUGAAACUGAAGUUUUCUACACCGGACAGGUUGCUCUGCAGAGGUUUUUACUUGGUAUUGCUUUUCUUUGCGUUCCUGUAUUGCUUUUUGGUAAACCGCUUUAUUUAUAUUGGUUGCACAGCGGAGGCCGAGGCAUUAGAAUGUACAGGAGUGGCUACAAGCUAAUUCGAAAAGAAAGUGAAGAAGAACUUUCUCUGCUGAGAUGUCAUGAUGUAGAAGAAGGAAGCAGUCAUUCAGACAGUGGCCACAGAGAGGGGGAUGGAGAAGAGCUUAAUUUUGCAGAUGUUUUUAUGAAUCAAGCAAUUCAUACCAUUGAAUACUGUCUAGGAUGUAUUUCUAAUACAGCCUCAUACCUGAGACUCUGGGCAUUAAGUCUUGCUCAUGCACAGUUAUCAGAAGUUCUGUGGCAGAUGGUGAUGAGAGUGGGUCUUCGUGUGGAUACAACAUACGGUGUCUUACUGUUAGUCCCCCUUCUAGCCUUUUUUGCUGUGCUAACAGUUUUUAUUCUUUUGGUCAUGGAGGGGCUUUCUGCUUUUCUCCAUGCUAUACGACUUCACUGGGUGGAAUUUCAGAACAAAUUCUACUCUGGUGGAGGAUACAAGUUUACGCCUUUCUCUUUUAAGCACAUUUCUUUACAUUUUAAUAAAGAUGAUAUGGCAUAGUUUGGUUGCUGUCAGCAGAAAUGUCUGGAACUGUCUGCAAAUAAUUGUGUGAUUGGAUCUCACCUCUAGAUGGGUUCUUGUAGGACAAAGUGUUUUUCACUGAUUGCCUUAUAAUGCAGCCAAAUAAUUCUGUAAUAUAUACCUCCCAUAGAAGUACAUAGCAGAUCUGGAGCAUCUUGUAAAGUAUAUGGAUGUAAAAUGUACGUUUUUCUUGAUAAACUAAUGUAAAUUAAUUUUAUUCUUAAAAAAAAAAAGUUGUUACUGCUUGUUCUAAAACCAGUGUAGGCUUCUUUUUGUUCAGGCUGUUUAUUUUCUUGAAUGAUUACUUUUAAGUUAUCUGAAAGACCUUUCAUCAUAUUAACCAUUUAUUACUAAUGCCAUACUUA